CCUUCAGUGCUUCGUUUUCUAUUAACUCCGCUGCUGACAGUAAAAAGAUUGCAACACUGUAAGAGAGCAGAAGGAAUAAAUAGCUGUGGACUGAAUGGAUGAAUUUCAGAAAACUUCUUCAGUGGGAUAGCAGAGAUAGCAAUACUUCUAAAGAAGAGGUUUUACCCAAGAUUCCUCUUGAUGUGUCUUACAUGAGGCAGUCUUAAGAGAAGAACAUUCAGCUUUCAAGUUAGGUCAGUGGCAGCGAAAUAAUAAGAAGCACCUGCAUUUUGAAAUAAGUCCUGAACACUUCUUGGCUGCUAUUUCUUCUUGGUAUAUUUUGUUUUUGCCACUUGUGACAACACAAGCUAUAUUUGCUCAGACUGCUUUCUAAAGAAAGUUGCUUCAUUUGUUGCUGAAGUUUAGAAGAAGCGAUUUGUACUUCAUUUCAUUUGUGCAUAACACUUUACAUUUUGUGUUUUGCUUUUGAAUUCUGUGCUGUGAGUGUCUGAGGAUGGCCGAUGGACAGAUUCCUUUUUCUUCCCACUACCCUUCCAACUCUGGCACUAGGCAAAGAGGAAGCAGGGAUCCCUUUCUUGAGCCACGUCUGUCAUCUCGCUUUCUGGAUGAUGAUUUUGGUAUAUCGCGAUUUUCUGAUGAGUUUUCCACUGACUGGCCAGAUUGGGCUCGGCCACGGUUAACUUCAACAUGGCCAAGACCUCUAAGGACAGGCCUAGGCAGAAUGUCUGGAGAGGAGGCAUCCCCUGCAGGAUACACUAUAAGAUAUACAGGCUUCCCAGAGCCCAGAAACCUGAAUACAUUGCCUCAGGAGCCCUGGAAAGUGUGUGUCAAUGUACAAAAUUUUACACCUGAGGAGCUGACAGUGAAGACAAAAGAUGGAUAUGUGGAAGUAUCAGGAAAACAUGAAGAGAAACAGCAGGAAGGUGGCAUGGUUUUAAAGAACUUCACCAAAAAGAUCCAGUUGCCAACAGAAGUGGAUCCAGUGACAGUGUUUGCCUCAUUGUCUCCUGAAGGGGUGCUGAUUAUUGAAGCCCCCCGAAUACCACCAUACUGCCUCUACAGUGACAAUAACUACAGCAGUGAAAUGGACCCUCACAGUGAGGAAGCAACUGUAUCUUAAGCAGUACUACUUAAUGUCCUCUGACACACACUCUUGCAAAAUGGCAUUUUGCUUCAGUUUUCCAUUUGAUUACGUCAGCUGAAGGCACUAUUUACCAAUUAAAUUUUAGUAUAAAUUGUACAUAGGGAGAUUGUAUUUUGCAUUUCAACACAAAACUACAGAUUUCAUCUGCUAAAAUUUGCCGGAAAAAAUCUAAGCAUAACCUUUCAGACUUAAUAUGCUUAACUGUUUAUUUAACUGUUACAUAUACUUAGUAUAUGAUAAAAAUGCUGGAACCAGAAGACCGGUGCCACAAGUAAAAAAAGAUUAUACUAGUGAAGUGAAUACGUUGGCUAGUAUGCUCUGAUAACUUCUGAACCAGUUAUGUCUCAGGCUGCUCAGAAUUCUCCAUAUUUCUUUGUCUCUCUAAACUUAGCUAAAAUAUGUUUAUAUACAUAUAUAUCCAUUAUAUGAGCUUGGUACACUAGCCUAGACAGUUCAUGUGGCAGCCUGUUUCAGAUGACUUUGGCCCAUCAGUCCUUAUAGCUAAGGGUCACAUUAUAAAUGAAAUAAAAUGUUUGCAGUGGGCAUCCUUAAUUCUGAAUCAAAGAGCUGUUGUUCAGUCUGAUAAGGGAAGAGUAAGGUUAUUUUAACUGUGUGUAAGUUGUUGAUCCCCUAUCACUGAGAGUUUAAAUCCAAGUCAAGCAAUUGUGCUCCUCAUAUAAAAAGAUAAAGAGAUUAUUCAAACAUGUGCUGGAACUGGAUAGUUAAGAUGUCUGGGCUGCAAAAGAUCAAGGCCUAGAAAUGAAGGCCAUAAUCUUCAAUUUGCAUACUGUGUGACACUUAACAAGUGGCUUAAAUUCCUUGUACUCACUGGUCACACCUAUACAGGGUAAUAAAGUGUUCUUUUGGGAGUUCAAUGGUUACCAUAAUUCAAAAAUAAAACAAUAAAAAAUCAAGGAGAUGUCAAGGCUUCUAAUUAUAUGUAUGCACAAAAACUGACCUUCCUAAUCUCUUCAGUCAGGAUAAACAUGUAUAAAAAAGGUACUAAAAUACAAUAAAAAGUUAGUUUUAGGACUGCUGUAUAUUAGUAACUAGAGUUACUAAAGUAUUACUUCUGCUACAAGGCACCAGUGUUGAUGUUACAGUAACAUACUGAAACUUGAUAUAUCUGUUUUUGUAUCAAUGCUUUCUUGUAAGCAUCCUUAUAAUUUACUGUAUUUAAUUCUUGAUUUUACAGUAUGUACAGCUUGUCUGUAAGUGGCAGAUAAGAUAUUACUAAAGUCUUGCACAAAAAAGAUAUAACCUACAGAAGUUUUGCAAAUGUGAGCAAGUGAUAUAUAUAUAUAUA